UUAUCAAUAAAUAAAUGAAUUAAAGUGGGAACAUCCCUAAUGCAAUAAACUCAAAUGCAAACAAAAAAUUUAAGUAAUGACUUUUGAUGAUGAAAAUGACGAAUAUAUACACCAGAAAUUGUAUCGCAGCCGUGGCAAAUGUGCAAUCUACGCACGUCAAUCAGAAGUUUACGUCGAGGUGAAGCAGAAAUCCAAUGUUUAUGCUAGAACACCAGUUGCCGCAAUGGCUGGGAACGCCAACAACAACAACAGCACACUUGAUAUUGGACACGAUGUUUGGUUUCACAUAGCCAUGCAUCUAGAUCCGGAGGAUGUGCAGACCUUCGCCUUGGUGUGCAAACAGACCGCCAAGCUGGUUAACUCGAGAGCCUUCUGGCGCAACAUGUACAAACGCCACUGUCUGGCUGGUGCUUCCAGGAGUUGGAACCUGGAGCUGCCCGCCCAGCUGCAGUUGGAGCAAAUACGCAACUGUGAUACGAAAGCGCUGCGCUCGCACGUCAUCGAAGCGCUAUUCCACUGUUAUCGUCCACUUAAGAUGCGCCUGGAGCUGGGCUACAGCCUGGACUGGCUGCUGAACCGCACCUUUAUGUCCUGCUCGCAGAAGCAGUAUCAAUGCUUGUGGAUCAUGUGCUAUACACUUUGGAAUCAGCAGGCGACAGCCUCUAGGCAAUUGGAUGAAGUUGGGCACUUGGCGCAGGCGGACAACGACGUGGUUAACGAUUGGGAAGCGCUGGCCGAGGGCGAUGAGUCAACAGCACAGAUCGUACACAGCUCCGGCAAUCGACAUGAAGGUGUUGUUCUAUUGAUUGUGGUUUGCCGGCAAUUUAUACCGCUGCCGCUGCAGUUGCUCUACAACCAGCAACAGUCGCGCUUUCGCCUGAUGGCAACCCGGGAGCUGCUCUGCAGCAAUAUGCGCGCCAAGAACUUGGAGCUGGAUUUUGUCGAGGACAACUGCAAUAGCAACAGCCCGAGUGUGACCGUCAAAUAUGCACGCAUUGAAAAGUAUAAAGUGCUGCCCUGGUGGCAUCCAGAUUUCAAAAGGUUUCUCAAAUAAAAUUGAUAUGCGUCCAACAAAAAAAAACCAGAUAUAUCAGUAGGUCACGAAAUAUAUAAGGAAUGGAAUUAAAGGUCAGCUAUACUUUCUAAGCAACCCAGCCGACAUCUAUGCUGACUUUCACUAUUAUCAGAAUCAUGUGAUUGGAUGUGAACCCGAGUGGGACAUUAAACGGACCUUAUCUCAAGUGUCGCACAUAUACGACAAUUGUGCGCAUAUAGACAUGCCGGAUGACAGAUGUUGUACAUUGUUUGGAAGCUACCUACAUAUUGCAGAUAAACAACUUUGAUCGUACAUUUUUUUUAUCACUUCACAUCGAUGCACUGAUAGAAAACAGAAGCAAUAAGUACAUGUUGAUACGUAAUUUUAUAAAAGCGAUUGUUUUCUCGUUAUGAUAAAGGAUUAAAACUGGAAGAUAAUUGA